GCAAAUUAAACUUAAACGUUUUACAUAAAAAGCUGCCCAUAUGAGCAUCACUGACUAUUAUCGGCUCAACUGUUAGUGGGAACAGAACCUCAUUCAACUCAACAUGCGUUGGUACGUACUGUUAGCUUUGGUAGUGAUCUUCACUUUAUUAGUCAUAGAAGAGUCCGAGAGUUGGGGACGACGUAGAUGGAAAAGGGUAAGGGUUCGCCGUGCUGUUCGGCACGUCCGCACGAGAAGAAUUCGCCGUUUUGUUCCCGUCCGUACAAGAAGACUACGCCGCAUUGUUCGCGUUCGUACAAGAAGACUACGCCGCCUUGUUCCCGUCCGUACAAGAAGACUACGCCGUGUUGUUCGCGUCCGUACAAGAAGACUACGCCGCCUUGUUCGUCGCGUCCGUACGAGAAGACUACGCCGCCUUGUUCGUCGCGUCCGUACGAGAAGACUCCGUCGUUCCAUUCGUCGAAAAAUCCGCCGUAUUCGGUUCCGUACCAAAAAGCUUAUUCGCAUCCGCACACGAAGAGUCCUAAAAAAAUUCAAGAUAAAAAAAUUAACGAGAAAAGUCAAGAAAUUGUUAAAGAAAGUCAAGAAACUCCCACCUUUCAAAAAGCCCGGCGGAAAAUGGUGGUCAAAACUUCAAGACUGGAUUAAAGGUAAAAUUAUAGCCAGCAAGGAAAUGUUACAGAAAUGGGGGUCGAAGCUGAAAGGUCUGAUAUCGAAGGAAAAAGAACCACCAGAAGAAGGAACUUCUGGCCCUGGCGUCCAACCUACUGAUGGCUCUGGCGUCCAACCUACUGAUGGCCCACCUCCUACAAAAGAUCCUUUCCUAGAAGUAAAGCAAGGAAAUUUCACUUUUGAAGCUGAAGGAGACGACAAUUCAUCCAGUCCUUAUUUCAGCCGCAAACUACACGUUUUCAGUAACACUUCCGGGGUGACCGUUGGGCGAGGAUAUGAUGUGAAAGAAAAAAUGAUAUUGCAGAUCAAAAGAGACCUUACCCUUGUGGGAAUACAGAACUCCAUUGCCAUGAGGCUGAUGAAUGCUAUUCAUUUGGAAGGGGACAGCGCAAAGAUAUGGAUUAAGAACAACAAACUUGAAAGCUUCAUGAUAACCACACAACAACAGAAAAAGCUGUUCGAGCUAGAAUACCCGAGAAAACUGAACAAGGCAAAGACAACUGUUGAGAAGUACUCCAAGACAGGCCUAAAGUUUGACCAUCUGAAACAAGUCGUCAAAGACUUGAUAGUGGACAUCUUUUAUCGAGGUGACUACUCCAUGAGUGACUCUGACCAAGACAAGAAAGAAUGCUCUCAAAUCAUGCAAGAGGUCUUCGAUCAGUCCCAGACAAGCCUGAAGCCAAUGACUGUACUGAUGUUGGACGAAGAGUUCUGGUUGAACUUCGUGCGUGUUGACAUAGGCAGGUACUACAUAAGAUCCAACUAUAUUGCAGACGCUUGCGAGAAGGAUGCGAAUUGCGACGUGGGUUCUUGAACCUAGAUGAUCUACACGGCACGUCACAAGACUGUAAUCGUUAAGAAAACUAUACUAGAAGUAAUCCACACUAAUUUGUUUAAUCUGGAGUCCUAUAUACACUUCAAUCAAUCAAUCUGCUUCAUGUUCUUUGUCCUUUAGUUCCUCUGUUUUCAUGUUUCUUGCUAUUCCAUUCUCUGGGAAGGCUCAACUAAUAUCACGGUCCCAUCUUCAUGCUUGUUUACCAUCCUCAACCCUGAUUCCAUUGAAUUAAGCUGCAUUUUCCUAAAAAAACAUUUUUCCAUUGUGAACAAGCAUUUAUAUCCUCUCCUAUUGCCUUAGUCUCAGGACCACGCAUUGUUUUGCUAUCCUAUAGUCUGUUUUAUUCAUUCAUUCCCUACGAUACGCAGAUUGAAUUACUGGUGUUAUUGGACUAAUAAAUAAAUAACUGCAAAUAUUGCAGACAAUAAAUUAGAAAAUUAAUAAGCGAUCGUAACGGGAUGUAAAAUGGCAUUAAAGAAUC